AUGCUUAAAAACCACGUGAUUUCUACGAAUUUGAUUGGCGAGAUUUCGUAUGACGUCAGAGAUGGUAGUUUAUUGUACGAAAGAGUCCCGAAUAAACCAGAACUGGACAGACUGCCAUUAACACCGCCACAACCUCAGCCUGCCAUGCAGGCGCAACAAACCAUUUUGAAACGCACAAGGCCCUUCGACGAGAUUAACGGUUCGGAUGGUAUUGCCCUGAAUGCAGGGCUUCCUGGUGGACCACCGCCAAAAAGAAUGCACCAUGUCCAGCCUCUACAUCCAAAACACAUCGUCGAUCACGUACCUCCAUCGGUAAUGCCUGUCGCUCCACCACUCAAUGGACGAGCAGCCCACGCUCACGGUAUGCCACAUGACCAGCCCAUGUCCAGGAGCAAUGCUCGAAAGCAAGUCAUUUCGUGGAUGGAUGCCCCGGACGAUGUUUACUUCAGAGCUACCGACCAGACGAACGUCGGAAAUCACUCGUCUGAAAGAAAAGUUUCAAGAAGAAAAGUGCCAUACACGUGGAUGAUAAACUGCAAAAGAUUUAGACGAACACUUACGAUGGGAGAAAUCAAGAAAGCAGCACGCAAGCCCUGGCGCAGAUUGGCAACCCCUGUGCACGCAGCUCAUCCACAGAGAUCGGCCCGAGGCGAGGAUAUGGUUGUCACCCUCGACUGAAUAAUCUAAUUACAAUCCGUUAGAAAAUAGGGAGGACAAGACAAGAGGAGGAGGAGGAGGAGGAGGAAGAAGAAGAAGAAGAAGAAACUGAUGAGUAACCAGUUUGCGAGUCGGUCCACCGCGAAAAAAUUGUGGAUCUAAUUGUAAUGUACCACAGAGUGUUCGGAGGGCAAGCGGCGACGAAUUUGAGUGGAUCUGAAGAAUUUUGAGCUGCAAAAAUGUUGGUGCAGUCCCGCGACGUGAACCUGCUCCGAGCAUUCCUCUAGCUUUUAAUGAAUGGAUGAGAUAAAGACUCCUUCAAUUAAUGUUGAUCCAACUUAACGAAUCGAGUCAUUCACCGUGAAUCAUGAUUUUCUAUUCGUAUUAAUUAAUUAAUUAUUGUUGUUAUUAAUAAUAAUUAUUAUUAUUAAAUGAAUGUACAUACACAUACAUACGCCACACACUCAUAUUCAUACACGCAUAGUCCUGGCAACAAGACACAUUGUUGUGUCCUUGAAAAAUUGGAGGCGGCAGGUCUUUCAAGCUGAGGGAAAGAAAAUAAUCGCUGAGUGUCGACGACGACUCGUGUGGAAAUUUUUAAAAGCGAAGAUUCGUCGUUUGUUGUGCAAGGCGAGAGAAUGGGUGCGUAAAGUGUGAAAUAAUUGAGGAGCGAAUGAAGAUCGUGAAUGUGUGCGAGAAAUUGCGAGAGAGAGAGAGAGAAUGGUUUCGAGAAAGUUUGAAAGAGAGAAAGAAGGAAUGCUCAUUGUGAAUAUUUUUAUUAAAUUUUCAAGUUUGGUGACUUCCGUCGCAACAAUUAAUAAAUAAACAUAAGCAUAAGUGGGAAA